GCUGACAGAGAGAGCUACCAAAUCCCCGUGAGGUGGACUGCCUCUCAGUCUCCCAGUGUCCGUACCGUCCGGAUUCCCAGGGGCCUGCAGUCCCAGCUGAGUUUGGAGUCAACAAGCACCCCUGAAGAAUCACCAAACAGUAGAGCUUCAUACACUGGAGAAGGAUAUAGUCCCAUGCAUUCACUAAUGCAAGUAGGUCGACUGUCAAUAUCACCACUGUCCAUAACACCCUCUGUCACACAGAGAGCCAGCAGGGCUCUCACUAUCCCACAGCAGCUGUAUGAACACCUCCCUGAGCUGGAUAAUCUCAGCCCCCUUAGCCCCAGGAGAGCUAACCCCAUCUGGCUGGGCUCAGAGAGAUGGCCGGUGCUGGAGGCCUCACCACCCAGGACCAGCUACACCCUGAGGCACUCCCAGCUGGUCAGCAGAAUCCAGCAGGAGGAACCAGAGGAGGUCAGAGGAGAGGCCAGUAGUAGUGACAGUAGUACAGAGGACACUCCGUCCUCCAGUGAAGCCUCGCGCCAUGGGACCUCUGGGCUGAUGGAUCACCUGACCAUGGCCCUGAUGGCCCUCCGUGACAUCCGCAGGGAGGUGGCUCACAUUCAGAUGAGCAACGCACAGCAGGGUAGCGGUGCUAUGGCAGCUCAGGAGGCCCAAUCAGCACCGGCUACCAACCCAGAGACGUUACGCAAAAUCAAAGAACGUCUGUUGGAAGAGUCGUCUGAUGAGGAGGAAGGGGACCAGUGUCGUAUCUGUCAGUGUGGUGCUGGCUCCCUGACCAACCCCCUGCUCACCCCCUGUCUCUGCUCCGGCAGCCUGCAGUACAUCCACCACGACUGCCUGAAGAGGUGGAUCCAGACUAAAAUACAGUCAGGGACCACACUGUCUGCGGUCAAAACCUGUGAGUUGUGUAAGGGGAGCCUAACACUGGAUCUAGACGACUUUGACAUGGAGGAGUUUUACCAAAGGCAUGGCCAGACACAGGUGGAGCAGACCAGUCCAGAGCUGUACAUGUUGCUGAUCCUUCGGCAGAGGUUCUCAGAGCUGCUGCAGGUGGCCCAGUCACGUAGCAACGCCGUCUCUAGGGUUUGAUGGGUUUCUCUUCUUCCACGCACACUGAGGGUGAGAGCCAGCAGAGGGAGCCAGAGAGGCAAUCACACGCCAGGGACACCUGACCCACCCACCUGACACCUUCACCCUUCUUACUUCCUGUUUUUAAAUCCUGGGUGAAGUGAUGUUUAUGAUGAAUUUAUUCUAACUUAUUUCAUGAAAUGAUUUUAACACAC